AAUUCAUUCCAGUUUGACCUCGAACCCUCUUUUUAAAUUCCCUAUUUUGCACAGUCCCUUGGCCGCCUUUUCUUCCCGGCAACAUCGUAUUCCUCUGCCACCACUAGAAUAUAAAUACUUCUCCUCGACACGGUCGCAAACCACCCGGACAAGGGCGUAGGAUGACAAAGCAAAGACGGCAAUUCUUCGCCCUUCGUCCUAAUCAAUAAUAACGUUCGACAGCGCUUAUGAUGGACGAUUUCGACCGAGACUCGAAUGCGAGCUCGGACAAUGAACAUGAGGACGAGCUUAUGAAAUAUGACGCUGAUGGCGAUGGCGAUGUCGACGUCGAUGGCGAGGAUGAGAAUGAGAACGCUGAUCAUGACGAUGACGAGAACGAUAACGAUAACGACGACGACGAAGACGAUGAUCCCGACCAACAUGAACACGAUGAUGAAGAGGAUACUCAAGACCUCCGACAGCCAAAUGGCCUGACGAACCCGUCCGUCACUCGAACGUCAGCCACCCCAGGCCCUCUCGCAACCCCGAGGUGGACGCCGAGAGUUCGCCCGGAAAUGCUUACGGCGGCAACCUACGAUAUCGUCCCAACCAUGGCAGCCCCUAUGGCUACCAGCAUUAACGCGAUAGCUAUUACUCCGGAUCUCCGGUACUGGAUGACCGGCGGAAGCGACGGAUACAUCAGGAAGUACGAUGGACCGGCUACGAUCAACGGCAAGACCCUCCUGACCGUCGCCCAGAGGCAUCCUUUCGUCGACUCGGUCACUAAAGCUGGAGUUUUAAUGUCGUAUUGGGAAAACGCGGAGCCCCCAUCUGCCUCCGUGAGACAAGAAGACCAAGUGCUUAGCCCUGUCUACAGUCUCGCGGUCCAUUCUCAGGCCUUGUGGCUCCUAUCUGGUCUCGAGAGCGGCGGAAUCAACCUCCAAAGUGUGCGCCACGACGAGGGAAAGCGAAUUACUUGCCUUAAGAAGCAUACAAACGCGGUUAGCGUGCUGACACUCUCCCCCGACGAGAAGAGUGUGCUUAGUGGCAGUUGGGACAAGAAUAUCUUUGACUGGGAUUUGAAUACGGGACAGGUGAAGCGCCAGUUCGACGGAAGCGGAGGGCAGAUUUCCGCUAUCGAGAUCCGACCGAUGGGAGGGGCGCCAAUCCCCCCCGAAGCUAGCGAAGAGGAGAUCCCAAGCGAUACGCUAUUCGCAAACAACUCUCACCCCGGCGCGGAUGGCGACUUGAAGUUGGAGUUGGAUGGAGGGUUCGGCGCCGAUCUAAAUAGCGGUAUGAACGGUAGCGGGAUUAAUGGAGCCGCCGGCCAGAUGUCCAACGGGAGGGAUGGCGUAACUGAUGCCCAGGGAAGUCCCGCGCAUGAUAGCCUUUUCGGUGGUAGUCCUACGGGCGGCUCUGAUCUUUUUGGCGAUAACGAUGGGAUGGGUGCCUUCGGAGGCGAUGAUGACAACGAAUUCUCCCGAGCGAUGAUGCAAGACUCGGCCCAGGACGCCGAUGUUGCGAUGGGCGACUACGACAUGUCCGCCCCGACUUUUGAACCCGACUCAGGUCAAGCGCCAACCGCCCAGCCUCUUCCGGAUACGAAUCAGCCAGACACUACUCUGUUUGGCGACAACGCGCUCAACUCUUUCGGGACCGACGCCAACCAUGACCCCUCGUCUUUACCCGCUCUUCCUGACUUCUCGCUUCCGUCAGCAGGCGACCAUCCGUUCCCAUCACACUCGGCGGGUGUGCCGCAGCCGACAGACCCCGGGCUCGAAGGGAUGGGACCCCAGUCGCCCUCGAUUGCCUUCGCCGCACCGGCGCCGGCACAUUACGAUAUGACUCAGACAUCAGACAGUACCUUUCUUUCGGCAUCCAUGGACGGGACCUUACGAGUAUGGGAUCGACGGGUGCCGAAUCCGGUAGCACGUAUUGGCAACAGGCCUGGCAUUCCUCCUUGGUGCAUGGGCGCAUGCUGGAGUCCGGAUGGCAAUUGGAUCUACGCCGGCCGGAGGAAUGGCACGGUGGAAGAAUUCAGUGUGCAGAAAGCAAGGGGAGGGCGUGUGGGCUGGCAGCCAGAGCGGGUUUUCAAAUUCCCUGGCGGAAGCGGCCCGGUUAGCUGCGUUCGAUCCAUGGUCAACGGACGACACCUAGUCUGUGCGUCCCACGACAUCCUUCGACUCUACGAUCUUCGUUCGGGACAUGCUUCGAAGCACUCGCCGCCCCCUUUUCUAAUUAUUCCAGGUCCACCGCGUGCCGGCGUCAUAUCUAGCCUUUAUAUUGACCCUUCCAGCCGCUUCAUGCUCUCGGCGGCGGGAAAUCGCGGUUGGGAAGGGACAACGACUGAAGUGCUUAUUGGAUACGAAAUAAAUGUGCCCGCGUAACCGCCACUGUAUUAACGGCGAUUCAGCGCUUUUAGUAUUGCGCACCUUACCUUCCAAAAUUUCGACAUUCGUGGAUGAUUGGUAGUGGAUUUGAACCUAGGGGUUGACGGGACACGUUCAAUAGGAGGAGUGUUCCGAUAUCAACCGGAUCACAGGCUCUUUUCAUUUUGUUCAAGGCUCGUUGGGAAAGGAAAAAGAUACCCAUAGAUGAUUUGGAAACGGCGUAACGGUGCUAAUUAAUCCAAGUUGGUUUAUCGCACGUGUAUCACGAAGCCGCUCUAGCAGACCGAUCAGACACAUACUUUUUAACAUGAAAGUGUCUGGAUUACAUAUAUACAAAUGACGAUAUUUCUUCCUCCAAUAACGUGAUCGCCAGCCUCGACGCCAUAUAUCAUUACACAGAUUGCGAGCAUUGCUGAUACGUGAUUUGAGGUUCUAAGACCCGUGGUGACACUAUCUUCCCCGAACGCAGAAUACGUACUCUAGUCGCUACGGAGGUAGAGAUACGAUAGAACCGGCCACGCAACAUUUUCCGCCUAUAGCCCCUACAAAUUUAAUGUCAGUCAUUCAUCCUACGCCACUCCCAAAUCC